AAAAGAUUGCUUCCAAAAAAGCAAACGGAGCAAAACAGCGAAAAUUAUUCGUUAUUUAAUAAUUAUUAUUGCUUAAAUUAACGCCUAUUACAAUUAACUAUCAUGGCUACCUCAGCAGAGACACCGGCGAAGUACGCCUACAAAAUCCCCGAGAAGCUGGUCAAAACCCGAAUGGAUAUGACCCUGUGGGAGCAAUCCGAAGCCUAUUACGACGUGUUUGGAUUCAUAAGCAGUAUGUGCGUGGCCCUGCAGGGCACCAAACAGAGCCAACCGGUCGAGCUGAGUCCCGUAAUAGAGAAGCUGAUUGAGGCGUUGAAAAGAUUCGAGCAGCUGGCCAUUGAGACCCCUCCGGUGGAUCAACCUGCUCGCUUUGGAAACAUUGCCUACCGGAGCUGGUUCCAGAAAAUGCAGGGUGAAAGUGCUGCAUUGAUUGAGCAAGCUAUCCCCGAACAGUUGAAGGAUGCCGUUCCGGAGUUGAAUGUGUACUUGCAGGAGUCGUUUGGCAAUGCAACUCGGAUCGAUUACGGAACGGGGCACGAGCUGUCUUUUAUUAUGUUUCUCAUGUGCUUGUUCAAAAUCGGAGCCAUAGAACGGAAAGACGAAGUGGCUGUUGGUUUGAGGUUGUUUGUGCAGUACUUGAAUUUCGUUAGGAAGCUACAGGUGACCUAUCGGAUGGAACCGGCUGGAAGCCAUGGCGUGUGGAGUUUGGACGAUUUUCAGUUCGUUCCAUUCAUUUGGGGAAGCGCACAGUUGGCCGUCAGGAGCCCCAUCGAACCGGCCCAGUUCAUCGAAGAUAACAUAAUUGACACCUACCGGAAGGAGUACAUGUUCGUCGGCUGUAUCGAUUACAUCCGACAGGUUAAAACCGGUCACUUUGCGGAACAUUCGAAUCAACUUUGGAGUAUCAGUGCCGUUCCGUCUUGGGCCAAGAUCAGCACCGGACUGAUUAAAAUGUACCAGAAGGAGGUCAUGUCGAAGUUUCCAGUCAUUCAACACGUCUAUUUCGGAUCGAUUCUGACGCUGACUCCCGUCCAGCCCGGCAAAAUGUUACCGAGUCCGCGGUUGGGAAUAUUGCCGAAGGUGAACUUGGCUACGGUGACCGCCCCUCCGAAAUUUGAUGCCGCGGAUGGUAAAUAAAAUUUUAGAAACUUAUUUAUUGCUAUUUCGAGAACUCGUUCAUAAUAAAAUCUUAAGCUAAACUGAA